AUGCUGCAAUACACACAAAUACCAGCAGAUCUGAUAGAACCAGACUAUGUUAGACCAUCGGCAGCUUCAGCAACAAUCAACGCAGCCCCAGCAUCUGCGGUAGAAACUCCAAUUGCCGAAAGAUCUCUAAUGGAACGAUUGAAGGAAUCCUCGCACCCUAGUGCAUUGCUAUUCUACAUGUUCUUCCGGUUGUCUCCAAUUUUUAUGUAUUUGUUCGGGAACUUGGUUCUCAUGCUAGUCACAAAGGAGGGACGCUUCAUACUUCAUUUCAUAGUUCUUAUCCUACUUGUCUCGGCUGACUUCUGGAACGUGAAGAACAUCUCUGGAAGACUCUUAGUCGGUUUGAGAUGGUGGAACGAAACGAAUGUUAAGGAGGGACAAGCAGAAUUCGAGAAUGUCUGGGUAUUCGAGACGGCUGACCCAAAUAGAUACAUCAACCCGAUUGAUUCGAAAAUAUUCUGGACUCUUUUGUAUGUGCAGCCAAUAUUGUGGAUUAUUUUGGGCAUAAUGGCUCUCUUGAAACUUGAAUUAUUGUAUUUGCUUCUAAUCACAAUCAGUGUCUCUUUGUCUUUGACGAACGCGGUGGCCUUCACGAAAUGCGACAAGUUUGGCAAGGCAAACACUGUUGCCAACGACUUGUUUUCGCGCGCUACAUCGGGAGUGUUGUCUCGCAUGAAUCCAUUUGCAUAA